CCGCCGUCCAGCCGCGCAGAGCCGGCGCGCCGCGACCAUGGCAGCCACGCUGGGCGUCGCGGAGGGCGGCUACAUCCGCACCGUGCUGGGCCAGCAGAUCCUGGGCGAGCUGGACAGCUCCAGCCUGGCCCUGCCGGCGCAGCUGUCGGGCGGGCGCGGCGAGGCGCAGAAGUCGCUCCGCAUCCAGCGGCAGGUCCAGCAGACCCUGGCGCGCAAGAGCAGGACCGCCGUGGGCAACGGGAGUCUGCAUCGGACCGCUAGUGUUCCAGAAUACGUGCAUAAUCUAGAUACAGUUGAAACGGACUUUGCUUCACGACCUUCUGUUAGAACUUUGUAUUAUCAGUCGCAUCAGAAAAGCUCCCCAAUUAGUUAUGAAAAUGGCUGGGGUCCUCGAAGCAUGCAGUACAGUUCAUACAAGUCCAUGGAAGAGAGGACUCAAAGACAGCCCCUGAAGAGAUUAGAGGUUUCUCCUGAUGGCCCUGACAAGUUGGCUUAUCUGCAGAACGACCUUCAGUACAACAGAGGUCUAACUCUAAGGCACGGUGAAAGCAGGAGAGCCGGUAUCAUGCCACCGAGAUACGCUCGCUCUGAGGCUGGGGGCUACGGCAGCCACAGCAUUUUAAAUAGAGGGAGCACCAUUCAAAGGCAUUUCUAUGUGGCGCCUGUCAACGACACGGGGGUUGAUGGUGUCCCUAUGAGCCCAGGAGUGCCGCUGUAUCAGCAAAUCAGGAGCAGUCGGAGUAUGACCAACCUGUUAGAUAAAGAGAGUUACCAGACUUCUGAUGCUGCUGUGGGACAAGUCAGGUCACCCAUGACUUCCCAAAUGGGAUCUCAGAACAGGCAGUCGAUGAGGUCCAGCUGGCAUCAGAGUACCUUCAGGUCGCAGAGUACAAGGGAGGCUUCUCAACCAGCUUCAGUCACCAGCGCCACUGCUGAGACGGGCGGGAAGAGAGUGGCAAUGACAGCAGCGAUGGCAGCUGCAGCAGGAAGUGGUCUCUUAGAGCAAGAAAGGGUAGCCGCCAGCAGGUCUCAACUGGGGAGUCCAGAAGAGGAGAUGACUUUGGAGCGUGCCGUACAUAUACUGCAAACUGAACAGUUCUCACCCCCUCGAGUCCUUGCAGCAAUAAUUUUUAUACAGCACGAGAGCUUCCAGAGAGCAGAGGCCAGGAGGAAAGUCUACUUGCUGCAGGGUAUUCCCAAGCUCCUGGAAGUUUUGAAUGUGCAAAAUGAGGAGAUUCAGAGGGCAGCCUGUGGUGCAUUGAGGAACCUUGUCUAUGAAGACAAUGACAACAAACUGGAAGUGUCAGAGCAUAAAGGGAUCUCAAUUUUAUUGAGGUUAUUGCAGCAAACGGAAGAUGUGGAGACGAAAAAGCAAAUUACAGGUUUGUUAUGGAACCUGUCCUCCAAUGACCAGCUGAAGAAUAUAUUGAUCCGAGAGGCCCUGCAGCCUUUGACCGAAACUGUUCUCAUCCCUUACUCAGGCUGGCCAGACAGAGACUAUCCCAAAAAAUCAGGCGUUGUACCAGACCCUGAUAUUUUCUACAAUGCAACAGGAUGCCUGAGAAAUAUGAGCUCAGCUGGCCCUGAAGGAAGAAAGAAGAUGAGAGAAUGUAAUGGGCUGAUUGAUUCAUUGGUGUAUUACAUACAAGGAACAACUGCAGACCAUCAGCCUGACGACAAGGCCACAGAGAAUUGUGUGUGCAUUCUUCAUAAUCUCUCCUACCAGUUAGAGUCUGAGCUCCCAAGCAGCUAUACACAUAAUAUGUAUACACAAAAAAGAGAUGUUUCCCCCAACAACAAUUACAUUGGAUGUUUUGGAUCACAGAGCAGAAAAGCAAAGCAGAAGCAACAGGACCUGCCGCUGCCUGAGGAAAAGAGCAACCCCCGGGGCAUCGAAAAGCUCUGGCACUCCACCCUGAUAAGGAUAUAUCUGUCCUUAAUAGCGAAAAGCACAAGGAACUUUACCUGGGAAGCAUCACUAGGAGCGCUCCAAAACCUCACUGCAGGCAGUGGACCUAUGCCAUUUGCGGUAGCCCAAAUCAUUGUCCAGAAGGCAAAUGGCCUCCCAAGUAUUCGAAACAUGCUUCAUGUGAGCAAUCCAAGCGUCAGGAAAACAGCAGUCUCCCUGAUCAGGAAUUUGUCUCGUAACGCCUCACUACGAAACGAAAUAGCCAGGGAGGUCUUGCCCGAUUUGGUUGCUGUACUUCCAGAUUUCAUCUCAUCUUCUGACAUUGCAAAUGAGACCACCGCUUCCGCCUGCUAUGCUUUAUACAACCUCACUCAGAGCAGCUCUCAGAAUGCUCGGCUUCUCCUGAAUUCCGAUGGCAUCUCAAAGGUUACGAACAUCAGCACAAGUGAGAGCAAAGCCGGUAGAGCAGCUUCAAUCCUCUUAUACUCUUUAUGGUCUCAUGCUGACCUCCACAAUGCCUACAAAAAGGUUGGCUUUAAAAAGACCGAUUUCAUCAAUAACCGGACAUUGAGGGCCUACAAUUCACUCAAAGACUAAAACAGAGGAAACAACACCCAAGGAGACGGAUUUCCAUUUGGACACUUGGGCAGCCGUCUCCUCUGCGUCUUCUCACCAGGAAGAAUUUCAGAGCACCUUUCAGAGGAGGCUGAUUUUAUACUUUCACUAGAGGAUGACAAGAAAGUGUGCCCCUUCCCAAUGUGAUCUGCCUUAUACCAUGGCUUCUUAGCCAGUUUCAGCUCAGGAUUCAUUGGUAAAUCCCUGUUGCAAUCUAGUCAAUAUUUUUAAUACAAAAUCUGAUAUUCAUAUCAGUUGCCCAGGUUUAGAUAGCAAGUGCCCAUCAAUAGACUACUGUUGAUAUGCUAUUGUAUAUCAAGCCAGUAACCAAAGACCAGGGUGGUGGGGGUGGGAAUUCCUGUUGCAACUUUUUUGCUUGUUUGUUUUUAGGGUGUGGUACUACACUUUUUACUAAUCAGAGCUUUAUGCAAAACUGCUUCUAGUCUAGCAGGCAUCUCUGCAGCUUGUUGAAAGUACAAGCGGGUAAGAUUGCUUUUGAAACAUGAAACUAUCCCGGGUGUAAUUUUCUGCUGAACUGCUGCAAUGAUUAUUGCCUUGUGUAUGUAUGUUUUACCAAAACUUCAUUUUUUUUAAGAAAUGCAGAAUUGAAAUAAGGUAUUGAAGGAGCUGUCUUUUUUAAAAAAAAAUCCAUAUAAAUUUGGGAUUGCCUUUCUAUAUUCCUUGUAAUAUUCUGACAGUGCUUUCUAGUUUGAAGACUCAGCCAGAGCAAAAAUUGCCACAUUAAAUUGUUUAUCUGAUCAUUA